AGCGCUGCGCUUAGUCAGUCGACCAAUCUAUCAGCCCGCUCAAAACCAUGCGCCUCAUCUCGCUCGUCCACGCGGCUCGCGCCGGCGCGCCUACAUGAUAUACGCCCGCCGCGAGACUCUCCCGCCAGUUUGAUCCUGCUUCUCUUCUCCCUCCCCUGUGCACGACCCAACAAGGAAGCUAAGCGGAACCCGAUCGACGACCGAGGAGCUGCCAUCGAUGGCCCACGCCAGUACCACCGCCACGUCACCGCUGCUCGCCUCGCUCCUCUUCUUCCUCCUCUACGCCGCCGCGCAGGACGGCGGCGGCCGUGCCGACGCGGCGGCGGCGCUGCAGCAGGGCCAGUCGCUGGGCGCGGGCGACCGGCUCGUGUCGCCCGGCGGCACCUUCGCGCUGGCCUUCUUCGCGCCGGCGGGGGGCGACCCGUCAUGGCGGUACCUGGGCGUCAUGUACGCGCAGGCCGCGGAGCAGACCGUGCCGUGGGUGGCCAACCGCGACGCGCCCGUGAGCGCUGCGUCGGCCUACUCGGCGGCCGUCACGGCGUCCGGCGACCUGCGGGUGCUGGAGGGCGACCGCGUCGCCUGGAGCACCAACACGUCGUCGUCGCUGGGGAACGUCACGCUCGCCAUCUCCGACGACGGGAACCUCAAGCUGACGGCCGGCGGCGGCGGGCAGCCGGUGCUGCUCUGGCAGAGCUUCGACCACCCGGGGGACACGUUCCUCCCCGGCAUGGGCAUCACCCUCGACCGCCGCAACGGGGCCGUCAGCCGGACGCUGUUCACGUCGUGGCGGAGCCCCGGGGACCCUGCCACCGGCGACUUCACGCUCGGCCAGGACCCGCUCGGCUCCGCGCAGGUCUACAUCUGGCGCCGGUCCCCGGGCGGCAGGGACGACAACGCCACCUACUUCUGGCGGUCGGGGCAGUGGGCCAACACCAACUUCGUCGGCGUGCCCUGGCGCUCGCUCUACGUCUACGGCUUCAAGCUCAAUGGCGACGCGGCGCAGAGCGACGGGGUCAUCUCCUACGUCUUCAACUCGUACAACAGCUCCGAGUACCGGUUCAAGCUCAGCCCCGACGGCACCGAGACGUGCUUCAUGCUCCUCGGCACCGGCGAGUGGGAGACCGUCUGGUCGCAGCCGACCACGCGGUGCCAGCAGUACAACACCUGCGGCGCCAACUCCGCGUGCGCCGCCGGCAACAACGGCCAGCCCGUCUGCACCUGCCUCAAGGGUUUCGAGCCGAGGGAUCCGGCGGAGUACGGCAGCGGGAACUGGACGCAGGGAUGCGUGAGGAGCGCCCCGCUGACCUGCGGGACGAACGUGAGCGGCGGCGACGGGUUCGUCGAUCUCCCGGGGAUGAAGCUGCCCAACUUCGCCGCCUGGGAGACGACGGUGGGCGACGCCGAAGGGUGCAGGCAGUCGUGCCUGGCCAACUGCUCCUGCGGCGCCUACAGCUACAGCACUGGCACCAGCUGCCUGACUUGGGGCCAGGACCUGGUGGACAUCUACCAGUUCCCAGAUGGAGAAGGCUACGAGCUGCACGUCAAGGUCCCUAAAUCCAUAUUAGAUACGGGCUCCAAGACGAGGCGAUGGACGACAGUGGUCGUUGUGGUUAUCGUCGUUGUGGUUGUAUUGGCAGGAUGCGUCCUCCUGCUGUGGAAAUGCUGGAGAAGGAUCAAAGAGAAACUUGGCAUUGUUGGAAGUAGGGAGGAGACAAGGCUCCCAGCGUUGCUUCCUCUGAGGGAAGCACGGCAUGAUUUCUCCGGGCCGAAGCAGCCUGAUCAAGAGGAGGCAGAUGGCGGCAAGAAGUGCGAGCUGCCGCUGUUCCCCUUGGAGGUGGUGGCGGCGGCCACCGACGACUUCAGCGACGCCAACAAGCUCGGCGAGGGAGGCUUCGGCCAUGUGUACAAGGGCAUGCUCCCCGGCGGCGAAGAGGUCGCGGUGAAGAGGCUGUCCCGGAGCUCAGGGCAGGGCAUGGAGGAGUUCAAGAACGAGGUGAUCCUGAUCGCCAAGCUGCAGCACCGCAACCUCGUCAAGCUGCUGGGGUGCUGCAUCCAGGGGGAGGAGAAGAUCCUGGUGUACGAGUACAUGCCCAACAAGAGCCUCGACGCCUUCCUCUUCGAUCCGGCGAGGCGAGGUCUGCUGGACUGGAAGACGCGGUUCCACAUCAUCGAGGGCAUCGCCCGGGGCCUCCUGUACCUCCACCGGGACUCGCGGCUGCGCGUGGUGCACCGGGACCUCAAGGCCAGCAACAUCCUGCUGGACCGCGACAUGAACCCCAAGAUCUCCGACUUCGGCAUGGCGCGCAUCUUCGGCGGCGACCAGAACCAGGUGAACACGAACCGCGUGGUGGGCACUCUGGGGUACAUGUCGCCCGAGUACGCCAUGGAGGGCCUCUUCUCGGUGCGCUCCGACGUGUACAGCUUCGGCAUCCUCAUCCUGGAGAUCGUGUCGGGGCAGAAGAACAGCAGCUUCCACCACAUGGAGGGCUCCCUCAACAUCGCCGGCUACGCGUGGCAGCUGUGGAACGCCGGCAGGGGGGAGCAGCUGGUCGACCCGUCGGUCCUGGCGGCGGGCGGCGCGGCGGCGGCGCUGCGGUGCGUGCACAUGGCGCUGCUGUGCGUGCAGGACCACGCGUGCGACCGGCCCGACAUCCCCUACGUGGUGAUGGCGCUGGGGAGCGACAGCUCCGUGCUGCCGAUGCCCAAGCCGCCGACGUUCACGCUGCAGUGCUCGUCGUCGGACAGGGACGGGCUGUUCCGGGACAAGGCCGACGAGUCCUACUCCGCCUGCGAACUCACCGUCAGCAUGCUACAUGGGAGGUAGAGCCUAGGAAUUAGACGGACUCAUGGCUAGACUACAUGGGCUGUACGUUUUGAGUGCCGGCCCAACGAAACACAGAGAAGAGUCAAGAUGGGCCAAGGCCCGCAUUUUCUGCUCAACCUGUCGUCGUCAGCGCAAACCACACCAGAUACGAGAACACAACAGAUCGGAUCGGAGAACAAAGCAGGGUAACCGAAUUACAACUAAUAAUAUUUUAAUUCGCUAUUAGGUGUUGCAGUACAU